AAUGAAAACUCAAAUCGAUUAGCCAGCCACAAUCUUAGACUCAUCGGGACUCGCCGAUUCUUCCAGAACAAACAAACCAGGGUUUGGUAUUCGACAGCCAUAGCCAACAACUCCGCUGAGAACGACAGAGUAAAGGGGGAGACGAAAUGUCUUCGAUUUUGCAAUCUCUUUUGAAUCCAAGGAAGAGCUGGUUGGCUGCUCAGCACAUGAAAUCCGUUUCCCAAAGCCUCCGUAACUACGGGCUCCGAUAUGAUGAUCUGUACGACCCCUACUACGAUCUGGACGUGAAGGAAGCUCUCAAUCGGCUGCCUAGAGAAAUAGUUGACGCUCGUAAUCAGCGUCUCAAACGUGCCAUGGACCUUUCUAUGAAACAUCAGUACCUCCCUGGGGAUCUUCAGGCCAUGCAAACACCUUUCAGGACCUACCUUCAAGAAAUGCUUGCUUUGGAAAAUAUUUGUUUAUAUGGAAAUAUAGAGUGGUCGCCCAAAGGCUCAGGCAUGCGAUUUGCUUAUGUAAGUUUGAGGUUGACUUCCUCCUUCUCAAGUAACGAUUGAGUUGAAUCCUAUUAUCAAAGAAUAUAUAUAUAUAAAUAGAAUGUGUGUGUGUGAGAGAGAGAGUUUCUAAGGUGGGCAUUGUUUUAAAAAUCGGUCGAGGCGCGUCUCAAGGCAAGGUGGUGAAAAAACGAUUCUGAGGCGACUCCUCAUCUGCCGGACUUGAGGUGGUUCGUGUUGAGGUGUAUGAGGUGCUUCACCAAUAGGGUUUAAUUUCUGUGUUUUUAGGGUUUGUUUUGGGCUGACUUGGGCUUUUUUAUGUUUUAUAGCUUCUAUUGAUUUUUAAUUGACUUUAUGGGGUUUAGUUGGGGUCAUUUCUAACAUAAUUUUAAUGGAGUAGAUAGAUUUAAAAAAUAAACUCUGAGCAGCUCCCUUCUUCUCGGACUCCUCCCUCCACUCUCCCCCAAUCUCACGCAGCUCUCUCUCUCCUCCCUCCUCCCUCCUCCCUCUUUCAUUCAGAGAAAGAUGAUAAUCAUGAAAACAAUGCAUGAUCAUUAUGACUUCUUUGACAUUUGAAUUGGAAUGGGGAAUAUGUUCCUACUUUCUAUAUAUGUUUAGAACUUUUACUAUUUUUAUUAGUUUCUACUUUCUAUA